GCUGAUUGAUUGAUUGGCUGAUUGAUUGAUUGAUUGGCUGGUGCAGCCAGCUGGAAUCUCCAUUCUGCCAGGGACCUAGAGCCGCUUGUCCUGAAGAUGCAGCCCUUACGUGGCCUUCUGGGAGGAACCAGGUUGCGCUGUCAGAGGCCUCGGUGCUGGACCGUGCAGCCGGCACUCCGAGCAAGGCUUGCCACGUGUGGUCCGGAUUCUGGGGCACGCGCAAAGGAAGCCAAAAGGGCAGGAGGCCUGGACGGUUUUCAUGCCAAGUUAGCGGUGGGGCCCUCAUUGCAGCGUUUUCUACAAGAGGCUUCUCCUGUGCAGGAAACGCAGCAUUUGCCAGCAGAAGCAAUGGAGGACUCAGCACCCUAUCUUGGCCCCAGCACCCUGGCAGACCCACCAAGGAAAGUGUACCUGGAGAGCUACGGCUGUCAGAUGAAUGUCAGCGACACAGAGAUUGCCUGGUCCAUCCUUCAGAAGAGCGGCUACCUGAGGACCAGCAGGCUGGAGGAGGCUGAUGUGAUUCUGCUUGUCACGUGUUCAAUCAGGGAGAAGGCCGAGCAGACCGUCUGGAACCGCUUGCGUCACCUCACGGCUCUGAAGUCCAAACGGCCUCGGUCGGAGGUGCCUCUGCGGAUCGGGAUUUUAGGCUGCAUGGCUGAGAGGCUGAAGGAGCGGAUCCUGGACCGGGAGAAGUUAGUGGAUGUUGUGGCAGGGCCAGACGCUUACCGUGACCUUCCCCGGCUCCUGGCGGUGGCUGAAUCUGGCCAGCAAGCUGCCAACGUUCUCCUCUCCCUGGAUGAGACUUAUGCCGACAUCCUGCCUGUCCACACCAACGCCACAGCGACAUCGGCAUUUGUGUCCAUCAUGCGCGGCUGUGACAACAUGUGCAGCUACUGCAUCGUGCCAUUCACCCGCGGCCGUGAGCGGAGCCGGCCUGUCGCCUCCAUCCUCCAGGAAGUGCAGAUGCUCUCCGAGCAGGGCGUGAAGGAGGUGACCCUCUUGGGCCAGAAUGUCAAUAGUUACCGGGACACCUCUGAGGCCCAGUUCCUCUCAGUGGCAGCAGCAGCGACGGUGGCGGCAGCUCCGACCCGGCUGAGCCGCGGCUUCAGCACCGUCUACAAAGCCAAGCGGGGCGGCUUGCGCUUUGCGGAGCUCCUGGACCGCGUGUCUGCAAUUGACCCGGAGAUGAGGAUCCGUUUCACUUCCCCGCACCCGAAGGACUUCCCGGACGAGGUCUUCCAACUCAUGCGGGAGAGGCACAAUCUCUGCAAGCAGCUGCACCUCCCGGUCCAGAGCGGCAGCAGCCGGGUCCUGGAGGCCAUGAGGCGAGGGUAUACCCGGGAAGCUUACUUGGAGCUGGUGCACCACAUCUGGGCUUCUUUACCAGGCGUGACCCUCAGCAGCGAUUUCAUUGCCGGCUUCUGUGGGGAGACGGAGGCUGACCACCAGGAGACGCUGUCCCUCAUCCGCGAGGUCCGCUACCGCACGGCUUUCAUCUUUGCGUACAGCGAGCGUCAGAAAACCCGGGCGUUUCACCGGCUGCAGGAUGAUGUGCUGCCAGAAGUGAAGCAACGCCGUCUCCGGGAGCUCACGGCUGCGUUCCGGGAGGAGGCGUCCCGGGCUAAUGCAGCUGCUGUGGGCCAGGUGCAAGUCGUCUUGGUGGAGGGGCCCAGCAAGCGCUCCACCUCGGAGAUGUGUGGCAGGAAUGACGGCAACAUCAAAGUGAUCUUCCCUGACGUCGAGAUGGAGGACGGCACCGGCAUAGGAUCCAGAGCCCGGCCUGGCGAUUACGUCCUGGUGAAGAUCUCCUCUGCCAGCUCCCAGACCCUCAGGGGCGUGCCCCUCCGUCGGACCUCGCUCAAAGACUCUGCCACGUUUUGCUGACCGCAGGGCGGCCUGAGGAACGGAGGACUUCUGGGCUGGGGAAUAAACGCCGGCGGGACCUUCCUGCAUCCCUGGGCCAGAUGGCGACCCGGCUCCUCGCUGGUCCCAGCGCAACUCAGCUGGAUGACGUGGUGGCUCAGUCCGCCACCCUCACCUCGACGCGGGGGCUGUGACCUUUCUAGGCGGCUGCUGCCACCGAGGUCCAGCCAGCUCCCUUCCCUUGUGCGGCGUGGAACGUGUGCGCUAUGGUAGGAGAGAGCCGGCCAAGGAGGCACCAAUACCUGCAGGAGAGGUGGUGGAAGGUGCCGGAAGAGGGGAAAAGAGCGGAGGCUGGCAGGCUGCAAAGCUUCAAGGGCCUGACUGAAGUUGCUGGCUGCCCUGAUGACUCACAUAACGAGGGUGCUUCUUUUACAGACCUCUCCCUCUAGUCUUCUGGUAACAACUGCUGGCAGACCUGAGGUUUUUGCACCCUCUCCGUCGCGACCCUGUUUCUGCCAUUAGCUCCCCGCCAGGUUCCUUCUGCUGACUUCUGCACCAACGGUUCCCUCCCUGAAGGACGCAUGGCGGGCGAUGCGCCUGACAUUUU